GGUUGAAAGCUCACACCAAAAUGGCGCCGUCCAAGAAGAAACAUGCCAGCAGCCAGGCGCGUAUCAUUCCUGGAGGUUUUGCGGUGCUUUCCUUACAGUUUAAUUCCGACAGCGCUGCACGUCACAGCCUUUACGUGAAAGAGCACAAAGUACGAGCUGAGAAAAGUUUCCACAGACCUCAGGACCGGACUUUAUUUGUUCUCAACAUCCCUCCAUACUGUUCAGAGGAUGUUGUCAAAGAAUUAUUCUCUCAGUUUGGCAACGUUGAGUCAGUGGAGCUAAGAGACCAUCCGGGCUCCACUCAGGAAUCUGGACCCAAACUGUCCAAGUUCUUCCGACCACCUGGGAAACAGGGUUUCAACGUCGGCUACAUUGUGUUUAAAAAGUCCUCCAGUUUAACAGAAGUUAAAUCCCACCCACAUGAUGUGCCUCUGGUGGUCUGCACAGAGCAGCGUCCAGUUCGGACAGGAGUACAGAAAUGGAUUCAGCAGUACACAGAGUCUUUUAUUCACCCGGACAAACUACAACAAACGGUCGACUCUUUUAUGGAAAACUACGACAAGUGUAAAGAAGAGGAGGCGGAGCGUCAGAAGGAGGAGGCCGAGCAGCAGAAAGAAGAAGAGGAGGGCUGGGUGAAAGUGACUAGAGGGAACAAGGGCACCAAGGCCCGUCCUCACAGCGAGGCAGCCAAUCAGAGGACUCUACAGAAGGAGAUGAGGAAGAAGAAGAGGAAGGAGCUCAUGAACUUCUACACCUGGCAGCACAGGAACACGCAGAAAGAACAUAUUGCUGAACUAAGGAAGAAGUUUGAGGAGGAUAAACAGAGAAUAGCUCUGCUGAGGGCACAGAGAAAGUUCAGACCUUAUUGACUCAACUGUUGUUUUUGUUCAUCUUACUUCUUUUGUGUGUUUUUUGUUGCAUUGUAAACCUGAACAUUUGUGUUAAUAAAAAUUCUGAUUGACUUA